AUGCCCUUUGAUUUCAAGGCAUAUGAUGCGAAGUGCAACGCUCUGACACCUGAGGAGCUGCAAAGGGAGUGGGAACAUUACACACGCCUCAUCUCUGGUGCUUCCACAUCGACCGCCAUCUCCAGUUUGGCCGUUCCCUUUACCUUGGGAGUAUCUACCAUUGGUGUUGCCAUGGCCGCACCUGCCAUUCAUAACGCACGCAAAAAGAGAGAAAUCAUUGAAAGACAUCUUCAGAAGCACGGUACGACACACCUUACUCGCAAACGUGACGUGUUGGGAAGCAUGGCCGUUAGUGGAACGAUCGGUGUGGUAACACUGGGAGUCGGGACCGCGGGUGCCGAUGCUAUAGCCACUGCCGGAGCAGAACAUGGAAUUUCGGCCAUCGUCGAGAACGACACAGCCAUCAAGGUCGUCACUCAUGCUGCCCUUGACGGAGUCGGAUUAGGGGUUGAGCACGCCCACACAAAUCAUCUGAAGAAGAAGGAUGCAUUCAAGGCUUUCCAAGCCGCAGGCGUCUUUCAAGCUGUACGGGAUACAAAGACAGCACCACAAGAGAGCCACUCCCAACCGCAACCACCGCAACAAUUUCACCCCGAUUGUAUCGGUACUACCGGCCGCAAGCUCGCAAUAUCCAGCUCAGGUGCCACCUCCUCCACCUUCGCAGCCGACCCUAGCUUACGCCCCUCCGACGCCCUUCCAAGCCCCUCCAGCUUAUGCGUACCAGCAGCACAGUUCUACUCCAGCUCCUGCAUAUAA